UAGAGACGCAGCGCCCGGUUUGACGUCAUAGGCGUGACGAGAUUUGACGGGUCUGCUACAGAGAGAGUCCCCAAAACUACCUGGCCCCUCCUCCACCAUACUGAAGCCUCAGCCGACAGAGAGAAGUGAUGUCCUAGCGGUGCGGCGGCCAUGUUGUCUCUGGCGUUUCUCUGCAGCCGGAGGUUGGUGUCGGAUCACGGCUCCCUGCGCGCAGCCCUGCACCUUAUCCCGCAGGAGCUCUUCCCGCUCCUGUUCAGAGCCGCCUUCCUGGAGGAGAAGACGCUGGUGCUGCAGGAUUUGGUGCAGCGAUGGCCGUUCUCUGUGCUCAGUCUACAGAGGCUCCUGCAGGGUGAGGGGCCCUAUGAGAAGUCCAAGCUGUGCGUGCAGACCGUCAUAUUGGGCGUCAUGGCAUACCUGAGGGAGGAGGUGGACAGGCACAAUGAGGGGCGGCCGCUGAGGAAGCAGAGGCUGCAGAUCCUGGACAUGACGGGCAGCCAUGAUGAUGGGCUGGAGCGGGGCCCCGACACCCUCAGCCUCUGGUCCCGGACCGUCACCCUGGCAAAGUCCUGCGUCGAUAUCGCCAGAAGACAAAGCGAAGAAACGGCUGGAGUCUCGAAGCGCAGGAGAGGAGCGGAGGACGCGGCGCCCCCCUUGGCUGCGGAUCACAGCGCGGUGUGUGUGGAGGUGCGGGUGGAUCUGUUUGUGAACAGCACUUCCUAUAGCGUCCUGCGGGAGGCGCUGCUGGUCGGUGCCCACGGCCCGUUGCGUCUGCAGUGCAGGGACUUGCGGGCGGAGGAGCUGUCUCUGCGGAGCACUGUGUGUCUGCUGGAGCUGCUGAACCCCGCCGGCCUGCGCCAAAUAGACCUGAGGUUCAAUAACUUGGGGCUGCCGGGUCUGAACACUCUGCUGCCGUACAUGACGCGCUUCACCCGCCUGCAGAGCCUCAAGUUACCGUACAGCAAUAUAGACGUGAGGCGCCUGUCACCCACCGCCGAGGACGCCAUGCACAACUUCGCCUCCCAAAUCUGCCGGCUGCCGGCACUCAAGGAACUCAACCUCGGAUCUUCACGACUCUCUGGACGAUUACGACAACUACUUGGGGGGCUGCGGACCCCUCUGGAGAGCCUGGAGUUGGCCUUCUGUUCCCUCCUCCCCUCUGACCUCCAUUAUCUCUCCCGGAGUUUUCACGUUUCAUCUCUGAAGAAAUUAGACCUGAGUGGGAACAAUCUCUCUGACGUCCUGUUCCAGCCGUUCCUGCAGCUGCUUGGCUCCGCCUCCUCCUCCCUUCUCCAUCUUGAUGUGAUGGAAUGUAAGCUGAGUGACUCCUCCCUGUUGGCACUGACUCCUGUACUCUGCCGCUGCCGCUGUCUCCGUUACUUGGGGCUCUUCUGUAACCCGGUGUCUGCUCAGGGGCUGCGGACGCUGCUGCGGAGUUCUCUGAUCAUGUGUGACCUGCGGCUGGUGAUCUACCCGCUCCCGGCGGAGUGUUACCUGGGUGGCAGCCCGGGGCCCGAUGCCUCCCACUCCGCCUCUGAAGGGUUAAUCGCCCAGUUCAAGGCUGAAGUGCAGGAAGUGCUGGUGAGAGCGCAGCGGACGGAUAUGUUGUGGACCACAGACAUGGUGAUACACCGACCCCCCGAGUAUCUCAGCCUAUAGCCCAGAGGAAAGACAUAGUGAUACACCCCCCCCCCCCCCGAGUAUCUUAGCCUAUAGAUACGGAGGAAACCCCCCCCCCCCCCCUCGGCAUCUCCUCCUCCGCUCCAGUCUGUGCCCGUCCACCUGUCACCACUACGGCCGGCACCAAGAUCAUCCACAGGGGUUCACGUCUCCUGAACAUUGAAUGCUGGGAAUUGUAGUCCGGCUGUAUCCAUCACCGUGUACAGAUUUAUUACAGUUUUAUUUUUACAGUUUUUAUAUUUAAAUAUGUGAAAUAAAAGUCACAUGACGUCACAGAUGAAAAAAAAAAAACAAAAUGAUA